AUGCCCGAAGGACUAACCACGCACCUCAAAACCCACAACCCCUCCACCUACCACAGCGCCACGACGCACCCGUUCCUCCUCGCCGCAGGCAAGGGCCUCCUCCCCAAGACCACACUGUCCAAGUGGCUCUCACAAGACCGGCUCUACGCGCAAUCCUACGUCCGCUUCAUCGGGCUCCUUUUAUCCAAAUGCCAGCUUCCGCACGCGCCCUCCAACAACGCCGAGACAGCACUCGAGCGACGCAUCGUCGCAGUCCUCAUCGAUGCGCUGGUGAAUAUUCAACGCGAGAUUGGCUUCUUCGAGGACGUGGCUAGGGAGUAUGGGCUGGAUUUGGCGGUUGUGCCGGAGGGCGAGGAGACGUUUGGGCCCGGGACGAUUACGCAGGCGUAUAUUGAUUUGUUCAUGUCGGCGGGGAGUCCUGCGGUGAGUUUGUUGGAGGGGUUGGUUGUUUUGUGGGCGACGGAGGUGUGUUAUCUGGAGUCUUGGGAGGGGGCGAAGGGGGUUAUGGCGGGUGGGAGUGGUGGGGAGAAGGAUUUGGAUGGCGGGGCGCUGAGGGAGAGAUUCAUUCCGAACUGGACAAGUGUGGAGUUUAGGGAGUUUGUGGAGGGGAUUGCGGACGUGGUGGAUGCUCUGGCGUCGAGGGUCCUGAAUGAACCAGACGACGUGGUGCGACGGUGUGAACGGUGGUGGAGGCAGGUGAAGUGGCUGGAGGAGAGGUUUUGGCCGGAUGUGCCUGAUGUUGAUCAGGCAUGA